AUGCUACAGGCUGUGUGGAUAGUUAUUUUGCUUAUAGGGACUGUGAAUGGGAAUGAAGUCUGUUUUGAAAGAAUUGGCUGUUUCACAAACAAUGUCCCAUGGUCUGGAACUCUAGAGAGGCCAAUCCCAGCAUUACCUUGGUCACCAAUACUAAUAAACACUCACUUUCUGUUGUACACUAGAGACAAUCCUGACAACUUCCAAGAUAUCAGUGCUGUAAACUCUUCCACAAUCACAGCAUCCAAUUUUAAACCAAGCAGGAAAUCCCGCUUUAUUAUACAUGGGUUUAUUGACAAAGGCGAGCAGAACUGGCUUAAAAACAUGUGCAGGGCCAUGUUACAAGUGGAAGAUGUGAAUUGUCUCAGUGUUGAUUGGAGUGGAGGAUCCCGUACGCGAUACACACAGGCAGCUAACAAUAUCCGAGUUGUUGGGGCAGAAGUGGCCUUUUUUAUUAACGCCCUUGAAAAACAGUUUGGGUAUUCUCCAACAAACGUACACCUUAUUGGUCACAGUCUGGGAGCACACAUUGCUGGGGAGGCUGGAAAAAGGAAGCCUGGAAUUGCAAGAAUAAGUGGUAUGGAUCCGGCACAACCUUAUUUUGAGGGAACACCAGCGGAAGUCAGACUUGACCCAUCUGAUGCCGAUUUUGUAGAUGUGAUACACACAGAUGUGUCUCCUACUGUUCCUUUUUUAGGUCUUGGAAUAAGACAAACAGUUGGCCAUCUUGACUUCUACCCGAAUGGAGGAGAAAAAAUGCCAGGGUGCAAGAGAAUGACCUACGUCCAAACUGUAGACAUCGAUGCAAUAUGGGAAGGAGCCCAAGACAUUGCUGCGUGCAAUCAUCUUCGAAGUUACAAGUAUUAUACUGACAGUAUCCUCCAUCCUGAUGCAUACAUUGCUUUUGCCAGCCCUUCAUACAGUGCCUUUCAGUCUGGCGCUGGAUUCCCAUGCCCCAGCAGUGGAUGCCCUCGUAUGGGACACUAUGCUGAUACAUUUUCUGGGAACAAAACGUGCAGUCAGACAUUUUAUUUGAAUACAGGAGAUGCUGCAAGCUAUGCACGUUGGAGAUAUAAGUUAUCUGUUGAGAUUGCUGGCUCAGCAAAUGCUCUGGGAAAUCUCCAGGUCGCUUUACAUGGAAAUAAUAGAAACACUAAGCGAUAUGAUAUUUUCAACGGACACAUUAGAACAGGCAGAAGAUAUACAAGGUUCAUUGAUGUGGCAACAGAUGUUGGGACUCUCACUAAAGUGACAUUUGUCUGGACGAGCAGAAUUGUAAACUUCCUCACUACUCAACUGGGAGCUAAAUCUGUGACAGUGCAAUACGGGAAGGACGGCACUACGAGCACGUUCUGUGGUGGUGAAGCAACAAGACAGGGAGUUGUUCAGACUCUUAACCGUUGUUAA